AUGUUGAACCCUACAUUUGUUCUGUGGGAAAUAGGAUAUCCCUUAUACACUUAUGGCUACAUCAUCAUUAUUGCAUUAAUUAUUUGGCAAGCGAAAAAGAACCAUCAAAGAUUGAAAUUUGGACCUUACAAGAGUGGUUGCCAGCAUCAACGGAGAAUUAAACAAAGGACUAAAGAUAGAACAUCAAGAGCUAGAAAACAUUCCUCCAGAGACGAUAAGAAGCCAUGGGAGCUGAUCGCUAUCAUGAAAAGCCAGCGCUGGUUUCCUCAGGAGGGAAGUGUGCGGAGGCUCCUGUGUGCAGACCCCUCCUGCCCUGUCUGCAAUGCUAUGGCUCUGGAGAUUAAGCAGUUGCUGGAGACUGCAGAAGCUGGCUUGGGAAAUAAGAUGAAGCAUUUUACACACUGGAUUAAACACAAGUUGAAAGAUCAAGGGCAUAAAGAAUCCAUUCUCCUUUCUAAGGAUGAGACAGUGGCCAAAACCACGACCAAAAAGGUUGAGAAGAGUCCACCCUCCACCAGACGCCCUAUGAAGCAAUAG